UAUACUUUUUUCUAUUAUCUGUGCGUCUCUAUUUGACCAACUGCUGCAUAAAUAUAGUAUAAUGAGAAAAAGAAAAAAAUGAUAUUUUCAUAUUUGUGAUAUUGUGUAUAUAUAGGGUGUUCCAGAUUAACAGGAACAAACUUCGUGAAAACGUAGAACAGACUAAAGUGAACGAAAAAGUCCUGUACCAUUUUGCAGACAACCACGCAAAAUUUCGAGUCAUUAAUUAUUGAAAAUGGCCAUGUAUAAAGGCUUCUUUAAUUAAUAACUCAAAACUUUGCGUGUUAUUUGCAAAAUGGCACAAGACAUUUUUUGUUUAUCUCAUUUCGUCCUACGGCCUCCUUAAUUUUGUCCAUGCUGAUCUGAGACACUGUAUAUUCGCCUCAGUUUCGUUUCAAAUCAAUAUUUAUUAUUCGGAUAGUGAAACAAACAUACGAAACCGUAAUUUUGCCUAAUAAGUAAUAAAUUAACGAGAGACGCGCCCUCGUGAUGCACCACUGGAAAUACGGCACUUAAUGAACGAACCUCCUUAACUUCAGAUAAAUAGAUAAAAGGAUGGGAGCCUUAUCAGGACGCGCGGAACGCGACCACAGCGAUAACGGAAAUAUCGCGAUGCGCGAAGCUAUUCGCCGCAGGUAGGAGAAACUCGGCGGUGUUGCUCGCGUUUAUUAGGAAAAUUAAUCGGCGAGGAGAGCGGGGAGAAUGAAAAAUGUUCUGCGAAACGCUCGUUAUCCGGAACGCCUGCUUAAAAUUGCCCCGAAUAUUUCGCUGCCUCGUACGAGAGAUUUUCCGAACGCGGAGCAUGCAUUUUUCCAAAUUUUUAAAAAAUUAAUGAAAAAAAUCACGCGUAAAAUUAUCCGUCGGACGCGAUCGCACCUUCGCGUAUUCGUUCGCACUUUCUAUGUGUGAUUGUAUAUUUAUGAGGGAACGCUAGGAGAAAAUUAUAAAACAGCGAAAGCGCAAAAUUUAAUUAUGUUACUGUGAUAAGCGCUAACUGAUAAAUAUGUAAAAUGUGCGUUACGCAACGAGCGAAGGAAAAAAAUAUCUGCACGCCUCAUCGCUUUUGGGAUAAUCCCGUGCGAGAAAUAUCGUUACGACGUGCUUCCUUCCCUCUCUUCUCCCUUCUCUUUCUCUCUCCCUCAAUUUAUCUUUCGUUCGAUACGUUGGUAUAUAAACGAAGGCGGGUGUAUUCCAAUGGAGAGUCGCCUAGUGCGACGAUAUUUCUCUUCUACAUGUAAAUUUAUUCCAGAAAGGAUGAGGUAUGCAAAUACAUUUUUCCACGUUGUACACCGGAGUUGUCGUCCUAUGACGCUUAUUUGUUAUUAGUGUUAUUAUUAUUAUCCUUAAAAUAUGAUUUAUUCAGUGCUCUGGCACGAAAGAUCCCCUCGAGAGCGCAGAUCACCGUAAACAAAGUUUGUCCGAAUCUCCCCUACCGGACUUACUUAUACGUGCAUGUCUGUUGAAAAUCAUACGGUCGUAACUUCUCAUGAAUCUUGAUUGUAAUCUCAAAGUGCACAUGAACGUGCCACGUUUUCGAAAAAUCGCGAGUUCACACGUUUUAAUAGUCAAUCGCAACAACAAUAUUAUUGCGUUAUCAGAAGCAACGAGGAGAAACAUAUAAAAAUAAUCUCGCCUAUUUUCCGGGAAAGAGGAAGAAAAAUGCGGUUUCUUUUCCGGCGCUGGCCGAGUGAUCGGGCGAUCUGCGCGCAAUGACUUCUCCGAUCAGCGCGCCUUUGUCCGGCGCGCGAACAAAAAGAUAUCUGCGUGUGAUACCGUUUAUCCGCUCGGCAGCGAUAAGCGGCCGAUUUAUCGACCGAUAGCGAGAUAGACGACGAAAAUUAAGGCGUUAUGGACAAGCGUUGAAUGUGAACGAGAGACGUCGCUGGACAGUGCGGUGUUGUCGUCGUACGUUUCCUCGCUUCCUCCUCUGUCAAGGGCUGCGAAUUUUUCGCGCGCCGAAAGCGAGCCAAAUCGCGCGAAUCGCCGAGAAGAGAGGAAAUAAAUUUAACCCUCCACGUUUGCUCCUUUCACGAGACCACGGACGUCCAUCUUGCUCAUGAUCAGGUCGCGGAAGCGGCGCCGAUUAUGGAGCGGAACCACCCCAUCGAAGUCCACGGUUCGUUUCUGAACGAAGACGCCAUGGCGGACACGACGGACGCGGUGACGCAGACGAUGGAGCUGCAGGAUAACGCGCCGGUCUUUUACUCCAGCGCAACGAUCAUCACGAUGCAACCCGGAGCAAGUGACAGCCGAUCUCCUCGGAGACCCAUCCCCGUGAACACCAUGGACUGGAUCUCCACCCCCAGGUCGCAAUUAAACGCGAUCACCGGCACGCAAUUCCUCGCCGGCGUCGAGCAGUUGGAAAUUCAGCAAGUUAUUGAUUUGAGUACUCUGCUCGGCAGAGUGGACAGAGGACACCAGUACAGAGUGAAAGUGCCGCGAGCGGAGUCGCUCUUCCUCGCCAUGGAGAAGAAGGAUGAAACCAAGUCGAGACUCUUCGGCUGGUACAAGGGCUUCGUGCUGAACGUCUUGGAUCAAUGCGGCGAGACCGCGUUCGUCAUCAGGAAGGACCCGAGCUGGAUGCACAUGCCCGGGUCGCGACAGAGAAUCACGGUGGAGAGCGCGAAUCUCAUCGGCAGCGUGGAGGAGAAUUUUAGCGUGAUAGGGCCGCACUUCACGGUCUACGACGCGUCUAAAACGCCGCUCUGCAAGAUACACGGGCCCAACAUCUGCGGCUGCUGCAUGUACAAGGAGGCGUUAUUUCAGGUUGUAUCGAUGGACGGAUCGCGCCAACUCGCGUCCUUGAUGCACCAGUGGGACCACUUGAGCGUCGAUUACGUACUGCUGCUGACGUUUCCGAUAGACACCGACGUGAAAGUGAAAAGCCUGCUCUUGGGCGCCUCGUUUCUGAUAGUAAGCACCUCCUCUUAUUUGCCUAUUUGCUGGCGACCGUACUUUUCCAUCACGAGUGUGUUUUUGUUCUUCGUAUUGCGAAUCGCAUCUAAUUCCCGUUUCGUUUCAGGAAUAUUUGUACUUUCAACGGAUUAGAAGAGCCUCCAGGAGGUAAAAGCCCGCGAGACCAACCAUGCGCGAGCGAUUUGUUAUCUGAAUAAUCGCCCUCACCUUGGUUUUGUCCUCCCACGAAACAAGCGCGUGAACCAUGUGUCAUAUAUGAACUGAUAGGUUCUGCUAAAGAGCCAUUUGACGUUUGUGUACAGAGCAAUUAGAGACAGCGCACAGUUGUACGGAACCUUGAAGUUAUAGAAUUGAUGUACAUACGUGUAUUACGUAAUAUAAUACUCACGGACGGUGAUGUCUGAAGUACAUGAUUUAUGCGUGUCAGCAUAUAUGUGUUUGUGCAUGUGUCUGUAUAUUGUUCUAUUGAAAAAUAAGUUUUAGCACAUUACGUAAGUAAUAAAAGACAGCAGCAAGAGUUCCAACAUUGAAAUAUGCAAAAAUACCUAAGUAUAAAAUGUCUACAUAUCUUUUUCCUUGGAUAAUUUUAAUUUUUAAAUGAGAUAUGACGUAAUUUUGUUUAAGUCAAGUUGAUAGAUAUUUGUGACGGUAUCGUGCGAACCGAAACCGUGCCAUAGUGAGCAUUAAUGAUUUUGUAUCGUAACGGAAAAACCGCCUAUUUAUGCAAAAAUCAAGUUGUAGAUAACACGCUAGACGGAAGAAAAAACGAGGAACGAACGGCGAAUAUAGAUUUUCGUCGUUGCAAUUUGGAAAAUGUUUACGCCACGACGAAUCCGAAUAGAACGUUAUGGGCUGUACAGUCAGUCACAGGAAGGUUGCAACAGUUCUUCUGCUUACAUACUGCAGAACACAAAAAAUACGACGAAGCGAAUUUAAGAUUCACGAAUAUACACAAUAGGUGGUCAGACAACUGUCAAAAUUAGAUAUAUGCAUGUUAAAAUUACACGUGUAUAGUCAUUUUCGAAUUCCGAAAUUCCGAAACAUGUAAAAAAUAACUUGCGACCGUCCUGUGACUGAUUGUACAAAGUCGACAGAUAAAUAGAUACAACACUAUAUCUAUCAACGUUGACAGAUAAAUAGAUGAUGCAACACUAUUUAUUCAAUGAAUUUCGCAACGCAUUGCGUAUCCAACACGAAAAUUUGUUUUUUAAUAAUUCUCUGGUAAUAUAUAUAUUUCCUUAUCGGAUGUGAGGCGUGUUGCGAAACUCAGCGGAAAAAAUUGUUGUAGCUAUUUGCCAACUUUAUACAUUCGUCAAAAUUAGAUAUGUACAUGUCAAAAUCACGUGUGUAUAUGUAAUUUUGACAGUUCUUUGACUAUUUACUACGUAUGUUCGUAAAUCAUAGGUUCGCUUCGUCUUAUUUUUUGUAUGUUCCACAUGUAAAGAAAGAAAUCUACAACCUUCCUGUGACCGACUGUACGUAUUUAAACGCGAACACAGGCAUUCAUAUUACGAAUUCGCUGUUCGUUCGCCCGGUGCAUAUUCAAACUGAAUAAAAACACCUGAACUGUAAAUAAACAUACGAAUUUGAAGGCAAACGAGGCGAUACGAGAGAUCGCGUAUGGUUUUCAGUAACAAAACUGGCAACUUGUGGUUACGUAAACGUUGCAAAUAUUAUUUAAGUGGGUGCAAAUUUUUACAAAUGAGUGGUUGUAUUUUCAUUCGAACAAAACGUGCAUUUCUAAGCAGCAUGUAAAUGUUCGAGAAAUGUUCGCUCUCUUGGUUUGAUUAUAUUCAAACAAAGUAAGAACGUCGAAGAACAUAUUUUAGAGUUUCGAACGUUUUAGAACCCCUAACCUUUUAGGUACGGCUGAAUUCUGCGCGAAGCUAUUUCCCUGGACUGCAGAGCAAGUUUUAAAAAAAAUUUUCUAUUUGAAACGAUAUAGCACUGUCCGUCAGGCAUUGCAGUGCUGUAUCGUUUCAAAAAUAAAUUUUUUGAAUAAGCCACUAUAGUGGCGUGUCGUCCUGAAAGAUGAUAUCCGCGAAAGCCACUAUAGUGGCGUGUCGUACCUAAAAGGUUAAUAUAUAUCUUACGUAGCAAAAAUUUCGCAGUAUCACAAUUAUGCUGCUCUGUUACAAUUCCAUUUUUUAA